AAGCCGGUUUCGGUUUUCGAGAAAAUUCAGAAGAGAGAAUCCUUCAAAUAAAAAUUGCAAUUAGAAAACUCAUUUGGACUUUCCUUCCAUCUUCUUCCGCGUGAUUUCCCUGGAAAAUCAAUAUCGGAAAGGGAAAUAAUACAACUCUUUGAGAAGGGAAUCAGCUUCAUCUCUCCAUACUCUUUUGUUUCGCUGCUUUUUGCUUCACCAUAAUCGUUGACCGUACAAACAAGGAUGUCGAAAGAGGGACAAACGGUGAUCGGAGUUCCCUAUUACGCCGGGCAGAAUCCGUAUCAGGCCGGAAUUGUGCCGCCGAACGCUAUCUAUGGUGAUCCGAUGGGUGCUCCGAUCCAUCAAACGAUUUAUCGGGACACUCCUGCUCCCUUCAAUUGUCUCUAUUGCGGCAACACUGGUCUCACCAAUAUCAGAUCAAAACCUGGUGUAGCUGCUGUUGUUGCUUGCAUGAUGCCAUUUAUGCUUGGAUUCUGCUUUCUGUGCCCUUCAAUGGAUUGCCUCUGGAACAAACAGCACCAUUGCCCUCAGUGUGGGAACAAGGUUGCUGACUUUGAGAAAUCAGAUCCCUGUCUGGUGAUGGAUCCGCCACAGUGGAAGCAACCUAGUUUCGCACUCCCUGCAUGAUAAGAUGCAUUCUUCAUAAUUAUAAAUAUUGCAUGUGAAGUUGAGUCGUUUUGCGGCAUGUAUUGAAAAAAUUAAAGAGUCAGAAUAACCCUGUAAAAUGUGUGAGAAAAGGAAUAUAUACUGUUGUCUGUAUCGUCCAGUGAUUCAUGAAUUGAACCGUCUGGUGUCUUGACU